GUAAAGAUCGGCCUUGGACUGUGCAGCAUUACGAUCGGAGUGUUUUUAUUUUGUGCCAAAAUUUGCUAAUUUGCCACAUAAAUUAUAAUAAGAUGUAUUCGUUAAUAAGAAAUUUAAGAAACGUAAGAUGUUAUUCGGCAAAAGCUGCACCCACAAUACGGCCGAUCAAUAAAAUCCUUAUUGCCAAUCGUGGUGAGAUUGCCUGCCGUGUUAUAAAAACUGCACGCAAAUUAGGUGUACGCACAGUGGCCGUAUACUCUGAUCCCGAUGAGAAAUCUUUGCAUACCCAAUAUGCUGAUGAAGCAUAUCGUGUGGGCGAGGCUGCUUCGGCUUCCUCAUAUCUGCGUGCUGAUCGUAUUAUAGAAAUUGCCAAGAAGGCCGGUUGUCAAGCCAUACAUCCCGGUUAUGGUUUCCUCUCUGAGUCGGUGGAAUUUGCUGAGUUGUGUCAAAAGGAAGGUGUGGUUUUCAUGGGACCACCUAGUUCGGCCAUACGUGAUAUGGGUAUUAAGAGCACCAGUAAACAUAUAAUGGAUGCCGCUGGGGUGCCCAUCAUCAAUGGUUACCAUGGUGAAGAUCAAACCGACGAACGUCUGCAGCAAGAAGCCCAAAAAAUUGGAUUCCCCCUAAUGAUUAAAGCGGUACGUGGAGGUGGUGGCAAAGGUAUGCGUAUUGCAGAAAAGCCAGAAGAUUUUAUGGAUGCUUUGAAUUCGGCUCGUACUGAGUCACAGAAAUCAUUUGGUGAUAGUUCAGUGCUGCUGGAACGUUAUGUGCGUUCACCACGCCAUGUGGAAGUGCAAGUGUUUGCCGAUCAAUAUGGCAAUGCUGUGUAUUUGUGGGAAAGAGAUUGCUCGGUGCAGCGACGUCAUCAGAAGAUUAUUGAGGAGGCACCAGCACCUGGCUUGUCCGAAGAACUUCGUCGUGAAUUGGGUGAGGCUGCAGUUCGUGCCGCCAAGGCUGUGGGCUAUGUUGGUGCUGGCACCGUCGAAUUCAUUAUGGAUAAAGAGGAUUUGAGCUUCCAUUUCAUGGAAAUGAAUACACGUCUGCAAGUGGAGCAUCCAAUUUCCGAAAUGAUUACUGGCACUGAUUUAGUCGAAUGGCAAAUACGCAUUGCUGCCGGUGAGCCUUUGCCUGUAACACAAGAGCAGGUAAUCCGCAAGGGCCAUGCAUUCGAAGCUCGUAUUUAUGCUGAAAAUCCUCGUGGUGGAUUCCUACCCGGCGCUGGUCCUCUGCGUUAUUUGGCCACGCCGGAACCCAAUGACUUGGUGCGCGUUGAAACCGGCGUCAGAGAAGGCGAUGAGGUGUCUGUUCACUAUGAUCCCAUGAUCGCAAAACUUGUUGUAUGGGGUGAAAAUCGUGCACAGGCUCUCAACAGUUUAAUAGCACGUCUUAGCGAAUAUCAUAUCACUGGCCUUGAGACCAACAUCAACUUCCUUAUUGACUUGGCCUCACAUCCCGAAUUCCAAGCGGCAAAUGUUCACACUGGCUUCAUUGAUCAACAUUUCAAUACCUUAUUCCCUCCCAUCGAAAUCAAAGAUGAUGAUCUAUGCAAAGCUGCUCUCUCUUUGGUAUUCAAUGAGCUGCAAGCCUCACAAACAAACAGCUUGCAAUACAAUGAUCCUUUUGCUGCCUCGCCAAAUUUACGUCUAAACUAUGACCUUAUACGUCAUUAUCAUCUCAAGGCCAAUGAGAAAACCUAUCAAAUAAAUGUAAAAUACAACAGUGAAUGCAUUCAAAUCCAAAUCGAUAAUGGCCAAUGGCAUUCCGUCAAGGCUGAUCGCAUCUUUGAUGGAGAACGUUUGAAGAUACGCUCGAACAUUGCCAACAACAUUUCCACCUAUAACGCUCACAUAGACGAAUCGGAGGUUACCAUAUUUUUGGAUAAUGGCAAGAUUGCUUUUGAGUUGGUGCAGCCCAAAUUCCUUGAAACUGCUGUUGAUCAGUCGGGCAGUGCUGGCUCUAAAGUUAUUGCUCCAAUGCCUGGUGUUUUGGAGAAGGUAUUAGUGAAACCUGGCGACAGCGUUAAAAAGGGUGACAAUUUGGCUGUCUUGAUUGCCAUGAAAAUGGAGCAUAUCCUUAAGGCACCCAAAGAUGCUGUUAUUAAAUCCAUUGGUGGCACAGAGGGUUCAAAUGUUGCCAAGGGUGCUGCCGUUAUAACCUUCGAAGAGGAAGAGGAGAAGUAAUGUAUUUUAUAAAGAACACAUUAACAAUAAGAAUAUCCAUGUACCAAGUACCAGAGCAAAUAUUGCAUUUAUUUUCUUUUUUUAACAUUUAAACCUUUACAUAUCAUUUGUUUAUGUAGUAGCGUUGCAUUUAUUUUCUAUUAUUGUUAUCCUUUAAAAAGUUUUAAAAAAUGUUAUCAUUGUCAAUCGUAAAUUAUAUAUGAAGAAUAAAAAAAUGACGCAAUUGUGAAUAGAUUUUACAAAA